CCCUGCCUGCCCUAGCAAGCCUCCCCUGAGGAACCCAGUUUCUGAGGAACUUUUCGCGGGCACCGGGCCGCCACCGAGGCUAGGGCAGGCUGCGAACGCGGGGAACGGCGGCGGCAGCGGGCCAGGGCUGGCGGACGCAGAGCUCGUUGAGAAAGUCCGUGGCCCCCCAGGCCCAACCGGAGGUAGUGACGGCGAAAUGAACGAGCCGCCCUUUACGGAGGCGGCCUUGGAGCAUGGGCUGGCCGAGCCGUGCGAGCUGGACGCGGCGCUGCUGACUGACAUCGAAGACAUGCUUCAGCUCAUCAACAACCAAGACAACGACUUUCCUGGCCUGUUUGACCCGCCUUAUGCUGGGGACAGGGCAGGGGGCACCACCCCCACCAGUCCUGAAGCCAGCUCCCUGGGCAGCUUGUCUUCACCUCAAGCCACUAUGAGCUCCGCACUUGAAGGCUUUCUGGGGGGGCCCAAGGCAAUUCCCCCACCAUUGUCCCCUUCCCAGCCUGUACCCACAUUGAAGAUGUGCCCCUCUGUGCCUGCCUUCUCCCCUGGGCCUGGUGUCAAGGAGGAACUGGUGCCGCUGACUGUUCUGCAGCAUUCCACCCCACAGCCUCUGCUGGGGGCCCUCCUGCCCCAGAGCUUUCCAGCCCCAGCCCCACUGCAGUUCAGCUCCGCUCCAGUGUUGGGGUACCCCAGCCCUCCCGGAGGCUUUUCCGCAGGGAGCACUCCAGGGAGCACUCCACAGCCACUGCCUGGCCCACCAGGGGUCCUGCCCUCCUCCUUGCACACCCAGGUUCAGGGUGCAGCCCCCCAGCAGCUGUUGACAGCCACAGCCACCACCACAGUAGCCCUUGGAACAAACAGUGUGACCUCGCAGAUCCAGCAGGUCCCGGUGCUGCUGCAUCCCCACUUCAUCAAGGCAGACUCGCUGCUUCUGACAACCAUGAAGGCCGACACAGGAGCCCCUGUGCAGGCAGCUGGUGUCGGCUCCUUGGCCCCGGGCACAGCUGUGCAGACUGGGCCCUUGCAGACCCUGGUGAGCGGUGGAACCAUCCUGGCGACCGUGCCGCUGGUGGUGGACACUGACAAGCUGCCCAUCAAUCGGCUGGUGGCCAGUGGGAAGUCCCUGGGUUCGGCCCAGAGUCGUGGUGAGAAGCGCACCGCCCAUAAUGCCAUUGAGAAGCGCUACCGCUCCUCCAUCAAUGACAAGAUCAUCGAGCUCAAGGACCUGGUAGUGGGCACUGAAGCAAAGCUGAAUAAAUCUGCUGUCUUGCGCAAGGCCAUUGACUACAUUCACUUUCUACAACAGAGCAACCAGAAACUCAAGCAGGAGAACUUGAGUCUGCGCACUGCUGUCCACAAAAGCAAAUCUCCGAAGGACCUGGUGUCUGCUCGCGGCAGCAGCAGGAACUCCGAUGUGCCCAUGGAGGGCAUAAAGCCCGAGGUGGUGGACACACUGAGCCCACCACCUUCGGACGCGGGCUCACCCUCCCAGAGCAGCCCCUUGUCCCUUGGCAGCAGAAGUAGUGGCAGUGGUGGCAACAGCAGUGACUCGGAGCCCGACAGCCCAGCCUUCGAAGACAGCCAGGUGAAACCGGAGCAGCUGCCAUCCCCCCACAGCCGGGGCAUGUUGGACCGCUCCCGCCUGGCCCUGUGUGCUCUCGUCUUCCUCUGUCUCUCCUGUAACCCUUUGGCUUCCCUGCUGGGCAGCUGGGGUCUUCCUGGCUCCUUGGAUGCCACCAGCACCCAACAGGGUCCUGGACGCAACGUGCUGGGUGCUGAAGAGAGAGAUGGCCCUGCCUGGGCACUGAGGCUGGUACCCCCACUGGUCUGGCUGACUAAUGGGCUGCUGGUGCUGUUCUCCUUGGCACUUCUCUUUGUCUAUGGAGAGCCAGUCACACGGCCCCACUCGGGCCCUGCCAUGAACUUCUGGAGGCAUCGUAAGCAGGCUGACCUGGACCUGGCUAGGGGGGACUUUGCCCAGGCGGCCCAGCAGCUGUGGCUGGCACUGCAAGCACUGGGCCGGCCCCUGCCCACCUCCCACCUGGACCUGGCCUGUAGCCUGCUCUGGAACCUCAUCCGCCACCUGCUGCAGCGUCUCUGGGUGGGCCGCUGGCUGGCAGGUCGGGCUGGCGGCCUGCAAGGGGACUGUGCUCUGCAGGCAGAUGCCCGCACCAGUGCCCGAGAGGCGGCCCUUGUCUACCACAAGCUAUACCAGCUUCAUGCCAUGGGGAAGUACACAGGUGGACACCUCACUGCUGCCAGCCUAGCGCUGAGUGCAGUGAACCUGGCAGAGUGUGCAGGGGACGCCCUCUCCGUGGCCACGCUGGCUGAGAUCUAUGUGUCUGUUGCCCUGACCAUCAAGACCAGUCUCCCGCGGACCUUGCAUUUCCUGACUCGUUUCUUCCUGAGGAGUGCUCGCCAGGCCUGCCUGGCACAGAGUGACUCGGUACCGCUUGCCAUGCAGUGGCUCUGCCACCCUGUGGGCCACCGUUUCUUUGUGGAUGGGGACUGGGCCGUGAGCAGACUCCCCAGGGAGAGCCUGUACAGCUCUGCUGGAAACCCAGUGGACCCCUUGGCCCAGGUGACUCAGCUAUUCCGAGAAUAUCUCUUGGAGCAAGCACUGAAUUGUGUAGCCCAGCCCAGCUCCAGCCCCGCAUCAACUCUCGGGGACAGGGAAUUCUCAGAUGCCCUUGGGUACCUUCAGCUGCUGAACAGUUGUGCAGAUGCUGCCAGGGCUCCGGCCUGCACCUUCUCCGUCAGCUCCAGCUUGGCCACCGACACAGGCACAGACCUGGUGGCCAAGUGGUGGGCCUCACUGAUAGCUGUGGUGACCCACUGGCUGCGGCGGGAUGAGGAGGCAGCCGAGCGGCUAUACCCACUGGUGGAGCGCCUGCCCCGUGUCCUGCAGGAGUCCAAGAGACCCUUGCCCAGGGCAGCUCUGCACUCCUUCAAGGCUGCCCGGGCCCUGCUGGGCCGUGGGAAGACAAAAUCUGGCCCGGCCUGCCUGGCCGCCUGUGAGAAGGCCAGUGGGUACCUGCAGGACAGCCUAGCUACCACACCAGUUGGCAUCUCCAUUGACAAGGCUAUGCAGUUGCUCCUGUGUGACCUGCUCCUUGUGGCACGCACAAGUCUGUGGCUGCGGCAGCGGCAGCAGCCGUCUGCACCAGGCCAGGCCUUGCAGGCCCCAGGCGGUGGAGCCCUGCCCUCUGCCCUCGAGCUUCAGGGCUUCCAGCGGGACCUGAGUGGCCUGAGGCGUCUGGCGCAGAGCUUCCAGCCUGCCAUGCAGAGGAUGGGGUGGAACUGGAGCCACGCCCCACGCGGCGGGAGCAAGCCGAGGCCCUGCUGCUGGCCUCCUGCUACCUGCCACCCUGCUUUCUGUCGGUGCCUGGGCAGCGAGUGGGCGUGCUGGCCGAGGCGGAGCGCGUGCUGGAGAAGUUCGGUGGUCGCCCCCUGCUGUACAACUGCCAGCAGAUGCUCCUGCGCCUGGGCGGUGGGACCACAGUCACCUCCAGCUAGACAGGCCCCCUCGCCCCAACCUGCCUGCAGUCAGGGCCCAGCACCCAUUUUAAGCCACCUUGUUGCCUUCUGGGUCUGUCACGGGCCAGAGCCUCGAAUGCUGAAGGCAGUGCCAGAGACCCCAGUGUCCACGGUUCACUUAAGGACUACACUGCAUCGGCGGGGUUUGGGGAGGGGAAUGGGACUUUUCUAGGCUUUUGCUACUUGCCCUGGGAGGCCAGAAGGGACUUGACCCAGUCACCCCUGCCCCCUCCCCAACCCGACUAGCAGUGACCAGGAUGGUGCUGACCUCUGGUGGCUGAUCAGGGGGUUGCAGGGGUCGGUCCAGUCUGUCACCUCUUGGCUCUGUAGGUGCCUAGUGGCUUUUCCCUGUGCUAUGUAAGAGGGAAGAUAGGGGGUACAUGUCACUCAGCUGUGGGGUGGGGGGCAACUUGGCUUUCCUGGCCAGCAGGGGGGCCGUGCACCAACGCCCCUCUUUGCUUUCUGGAGAGAUGUGUACAUAGUGUAGAUCAGGGUGCAUCAGCCUCCUGGCCUCGGAGGCCCAAGUGUUACUUUGCCUUUUGCAAACUUUAUUUUCAUAGGUCAACGAAGUUUUGUACAGAGAAUAAAAAGUGAAAUUAUUUAUAA